ACAUUUUCUUUUCACUUUUCUCCCCACUUUUGGCAAAACUGAGAGGCUUUGGACUGGGUUUGGGUGCACGACUAGCCCAGUUAGUUGGUGCUCGUCGGUGGAGUCAGCCGCGUCGUGGGCCUUUCGCCUGCACGGGUCGAGACAAAAAAUACAUCUUUCUCUCUCUCUCUAUCUCUCUCUCUCAUCUCUCUCUCUGCCUUUUCUUCUUAUCAAUCUGCCUCAUCCAACAUCGCCAAAAGUCUCUCUUACCAUCAUCUCUCUCUUCCAACCCCAAACCAACAACUCGAACAUCUCCUGGCAGCAAAUCAUUGCCAAAAUAUGCAAAAUUAACAACUUGCCAUUCAUCAACUCAUUAAAGUAAAAAUAUAAGCAGACCAUCAUCGGAUUGAAUUUCGUCUCACCAGUAAUUGCACAAACGUCGGAGAGAAAGUAAGAUCUUUUUUAAUUCUGUAUCUCUCGCUGCCUCUCUCUCUCUGUGUCUCAAUCUGUCCGUAACUUCUUCCGUAAUUUCACUUGAUGUGCAUCUCUUCCACCAACAAAAGUACAUACACUCACUCUCUCAGUGGACACUGGCCUUCUUCCCACCACAACAAAACAAAUUGCACAACGACACAAUUAUUCUAGCCACCAAAACUCACCCAACAUCACAAACUACAACCUACUACAACAUAAUCUUUACUCUGUAAACCUGUGGCUUGUGUGCAUACAAAUUUCUCCAGACUUUGAGCUGCUCUAGCUCUCAAGUUGUGGUGGAACAUUUCUUCAAUAACUUCUUCCUCUGCAAAUCUGGCUUUAGGUCUUGAUUGGUAAUUCUGAGUAACACUGUAAAUUUCUGUUCAAUGUGAAUGACUCUAAAUUAACAAUUAUUGUACAUUAUACAAUAACAAUAUUUGCAUCCCUCAUCAUCAUCGUAACUUUCUUCUCUUCCAAACACUUCCACUCGUUGUUUAACUGUCAUUUGCACGUAUACUUGAUUGUGGUAGUUGCUAAUGCUACACACUUGAUGUGAACACUAUAUGUUUGACACCAAUAAUAAGUACCCGAAGAGACCUUUGUGUUGUAUUCAUUGACAAUCGAUUUGCCAGUUUACCAAACAAAUAUUUUAACUUUGAACACUUUGAAUUUUGAUUUUGAUCGACCCGUGCAGGCUACACUCGUACCAUCGCUUUUUGGGUGCGACUACGGAAUAAGACCUACAUGUAGGAAAUUUGUGGCUUCUUAAUAACACCUCCAACGAAGCAGUCGACCCACACACCCAACCAACCAACCAACCAACUAGGUUACUGCCAUCCUGAUUUUGUCACCAUCUUCUUUCCUAAUAAGUUUAGCAGCAAAUUAUAACAGCAUCAAGUUGUGGGUUGGAAUCUCAACAUUCCCGUCUCCUCAAAGAAGGCACAUAGCAGAAGAAGGGUUGAGGAAGUGCAUACGCCGAAGAAAAAAUCAAUCAAUCAGUAUGUUCUCCGUCGUAUGACAUCAUCAACGACAAAGACAAAAAAAGAGAGGAAGAUAACGUCGCAGACUGGACUAAUGGAUUCCAAGACGAAACAACAAUAAGGCCUCGAAUCGAGUGAAAAGGGAAAUACCAAAUCAACAUCUGGACCUGAAAUAAAAGUUGUCGCUUCUUCUGGAUUUGUUGUCCUCGAAGUAACUACACAAAAAUGCCAAGCAGAGAAAGAAUGUCCUCCACCUGCCCAGAAUCAUCAGGUUUCGCAUCCGUGAGUCCCAACACCAACGGCGUCGUGCGAGUGAGGAAGAGACGAUCACGUACCUCGUACUUCGUCAUCUUUUCUGUCUUUCUUGUCAUCAGUGCCCUCAAGUCGACGUACGGUGAAGAUAAGUCGAAGCACCAUGAGCACACGACACCCUCCAAAACCCAUCACGUCGACGGGGGGGAAGGGGGUCACCAUCACGAGGGGAAGGAAAACGAGCACCACCACUCCACCAUGAAUUAUAAGUUGCACCACACUUCCACCACGCCGUCGUCCGAUGACUUGCCCAUCCUCGACGAGAACUCGACAUCAAUUUGGGGAAGUAAGUGCAUCAAACCGGCCAUUGAGCAAUUUCCACCGACGAUAAUGGGACCUGGAUUGAGGAACAAGGGAGGAUUUAUCAUUCACGUGGCCGUGGCUGCCUACACCUUCUUGGCAUUGGCGAUAAUUUGCGAUGAGUUUUUCGUCCCGUCUUUGGAGAAGAUGUGCGAAGUUCUAAAAAUGCAACCGGAUGUCGCAGGAGCGACGUUCAUGGCCGCAGGGUCAUCUGCACCAGAGUUGGCAACGGCGUUAAUUGGUGUAUUUAUUGCAAAGGACGACAUCGGCGUGAGCGGAGUCAUUGGCUCGGCCGUAUUCAACAUAAUGUUUGUCAUUGCAAUUUGCGGUUUGAUGACCCAAACGGUGCUCUAUCUCAACUGGUGGCCCUUGGUGCGUGACUGCUUCUUCUACAUGCUCUCCAUCCUUGCUCUCCUGAUUUGUAUAUAUGACGAAAAAAUCGAAUGGUAUGAAUCCAUAUUCCUUCUAUUGUUGUACGGGCUCUACAUUUGGGCAAUGUAUAUGAACACCGUGUUGGAAGCUUGGGCUAACACCCUGCCAAUCCCAUUUCCCGUUCACGACCCUUCCGUCCUUCCCUCGGAGAAAUCAGGACUUGUCACCUUCAAAUCAGCGCCAGGAGACCCGAAUCAGUCCACCGCCAACACAAUGGGAUAUGGUGAAACUCAGCAAGCGUCCAUCGACUAUUCGGCCGGUGGUGGGAUGGAUGGGGCGGGUGGAGAAUCAGGAUAUGACCCCCCAAAUAAAGUUCCUGUGGUCCCCGUGUCCAUCAUGACCCAAUUCAAUCCCCCGGAAGGAGGUGCAUUUAAACAAGGUCUGUGGAGGGUGUCACUCCCCCUCAUCUACCUUUUCUACUACACCGUGCCGGACUGCCGAUUGGAACAGUGGCGUUCUUGGUAUGUCAUCACUUUCACCAUGGCAAUGGUUUGGAUCGCCAUAUUUUCCUACUUCAUGGUUUGGAUGAUCACUGUUGUGGGUUUCACACUUGGAGUGCCAGACACUGUCAUGGGUCUCACUUUCGUCGCAGCCGGAGUCAGUGUGCCAGAUGCGCUUUCAUCUCUCGCUGUGAUGAAAGAAGGUUAUGGUGACAUGGCCGUUUCCAACGCUGUUGGCUCGAAUGUGUUUGACAUCCUAAUCUGCCUCGGUCUACCCUGGUUCCUUGCCACGGUCGUCAUCAACCCUGGAGACUCUGUCCAAGUUAUUAGCAAAGGACUCACAUACUCAACUCUAUCACUGCUUUCCACCGUGGCAUUCCUACUCAUUGCGACCCACUACAACAAGUGGCAGUUGAACAAAACCUAUGGCGUGGUUCUCAUGCUGUGGUACCUUCUGUUCAUGAUUCUGGCCAGUCUGUACGAACUCAAUGUCUUUGGCGAAUUUAAUCCGCCAGAAUGCGCAAGCACAUACUGAAAACUGCGCAGAUUUUCAAGCACUAAAUAACAGCUUCUAAAAAACCGAAAGUCUUCAUACUGCCUACUAAAAUUUGAUGUACUGACCAUAUGUAUAAUGAUGAAACUAAAUACGACGAGGAACAAGUACGCACUUUCCCUCUAUCCCUUACUUACUACACGUAAAAAAAGAGAGACAGAGACAAACACACCCCAAAAAAUCUUCGAGAGAGACGAAGAGAGAAAGGAAACCAGAGAGAUUCCAAUACACACGAAAUCCGAGGGGGAGAUGUACUUAUUGUUCAACGAUACCCAGAAACUGACGUCCACUACUGACUACCAACAAUUCUAAGGACUCAUGGUACACUCUUUUUUAAUCUGGCAUCGGCUGCAUUAAUUCUCACAGUUCUUGCCAAAGUAAUCCUCAAACUUUACUGAUUAAACUUUGUUUGCAUUCCUACGAAGAUAUCGUAUCAGUUCUUACCACCAUCAUCACCAUCACGUUACUUCACGUUAGUGUGCAUAGUAUAAUGCACCUCAUAUGUCAACUGGUCGACUUGGAUUACUUACUGUAUUUCUGAUACUUGUUAUAUAUGAUAUGUAUUGAUAUAACUUAUAGGUUUUAAUAGUUUGUAAACUUACAAUACAAAUUAAUUAUCCAUUAUGAAAUAUUUAACUAAAUAUGUAGGUAAUUGAAAUUGAUCAAAUCACUCCAACAAGCUACAAUAAUUGAUCACAGUUGAGUGGUUGGCACUGGACUGAACUGUGACCAAACGACUUGUGGGUUAAAGAAAUGAGCCAAUGUCGCCUUUCGAAGAAUAAAAUUGCGAAAUUAUUAUUCCGAGCAAUAAAAGAAUGCACAGGGUUCUUGUCGGCGCCCUGUGCCGUUCUUUGGCGAACAGUGUGGGUGGCAUUGGCUCGAUUCUCGUUAAAAUUCAAACUCAUGAAAUUAUGGCAUGACAUUCAUCCUGGGAAAAGUCGGCAAUUUCUAGGUUGAAAGUCAUUUGUUUGAUGAACGUAUAUCCUCCAGUAAAUAAAUUUUCAAAAGUUACCCAUUUUUUAAUUUAUCAACGUUCAAAAUUGGAAAUUGUUCAAGGCUAAAUUUAAUGAGGAGAUUUACUAGAAACAUGUUAUUCAAUUAAGAGGCAGAAUUUUCAUCUAUUUAGUUAUGGACUCACGUCUCAUAUUUGAGUCUCAAAAUCAUGUCGAAGGAACUAAAAAAUAUAUAAUUCGGCUAAAAAUAUAUUACAAAUCGGUAUAAAACUUAAGUACUGCAAUUACGUAAUUCUACUUAAAGUUACAACCUUAAGAAGAAAACUUGUAGUGAUUACUUCGACAAUAACUUCAACAACAAAAUGCCAAUCUUUCAAAAUGCUUGUACAACUAAUUUGGAAGAAGUAAAUGUGUAGGUACUUGUUCAUUAAAUGUUACAAUUCUGUUUGCUAUAAGGUAAUAAGAAAUCAUGCAUGAAACUAAUAAUUUAGCUGCUAUACGACUAUUAUUGUCAGAGCAAACUUUACUCAGAACGUAAAGAUGAGAAAAAAGGUACAGUGUGAUUUCGUUGUAUAUAAAAAACAUCAUCUAAGAAAGUUGUCAAUUAACUUGUAUUCUUACCGAUAUAUGUAUAUUGUUACAAAUAGAUUUGCUAAUUAAUUAUCACAUUCAUCUCUUCAUAAAUUAUUAGUUUGACAAUCGGUAAUUCAAAAAAUGUAACAAAAUUACUAUUUUCAUACCUUAUUUUUAAAUCGUUGUUAUCCGGCACCGUAAUUGAGGCUGAAAAUUAACAAACUACUUUACUAAUUUUUAUGAAUUUACUUUAAUCUGCGACAACUUUGGAUCUAUUGUAAGCCGCAAUGUCGUAUUUAUAACAUUUGAGUUGCAUUUUUAGUUACAUGGGUUAAUUUAUUUAUAUAAAAACUAGAUUAACACCUACAUUUAGAGAUAGCUGUUGAACUAGGAUAUAGAGAUAUAUGUAGAAGUAGUGGUGAAUAGCUGUGUUAUAUACAGCAUCCCAUUACAAUUCUGGUUGCAUAAGUCCAAUUAACAAUGCAUGAUUAAAUAUGACUUGCUUGCCUUUAAUUAUUAACCUGGCUGGAUACAUUUUAGCCCCAAAGUUCGCAUGAUUCCAGGCUUGCGUAACAAAAACAUGAUGAAACUUUGUUAAGAUUCUGGCUUUCCUUUUACAUUUAACUUAUGACAUCAACAAACCUGGUCAAUACUUAAAAAAGACCACAAUCACAUAAUUCCACACGAAAAAAAACUGUUCCAAUUUGUUCCAACCAGGAAUAACGAUUCAACAAUAUUAACUAUUGCACUGAAUUGGACGCAACAAAAACAUCUUUGAAAAAGCAGCCGUUAUCAAAAAUUUAUUAAUUUUUCGAAUAUCCACAUGUACAGAAAUCCAAGAUACUAUACAAGAAAAAAUAUGUAAUCUAGUCAAAUUAAUAAUACUAUUACAAUUAUAGUGUAAUUGAUGUGCUUAAAAUUACGUCAAGUAAAGUCUGGCAAUUUAUAGCAAUUCGUGUCUGUUGUAGAUAAGGAACUCGUUAGGUAAGAGAAGAAAGCAUGAGAAAAUGCGACUCAUGGACUAAUGACAAUAAUCAAGAGUAAUUAGACCUUUGAGUGUCUGACUUUAAUUGUAGAUUUUAGACAAUUAGCUAUCUACUCAUAGUCGUAGUUGCUAUAAAACAGUCGUUAACUUUUGAGUCAGUUUUUUGGUUCACUUAUUACAAGAAGCAUUUAAACGUAGCCUGUAUACAAAUAAGUAAAAUACAUACUGCAUAAUUAAGUAUAUGUAAAUAGGGUUAUAAUUGUAAAAAUAGAUCGUUUACUAAAUAGUGUAAUGGUUUAUAUAUUAAUUGAUGUCGGUAUUGUUCUGAUCACAUUCACAGCUCCAGCAGUUCGUUUUACUCGACAUUACAAGAACUCACAUUUUGGAGGUGUGGAUAAUAAGAUAUCGUUUUUCUAUACAAUAAGAAUAGCUAAUCUAUCAAAUUAUUCAUUAUGUAUGAUCUCUUCUACAUAUACUCGAAAAGAUGCUGGUAAUAUGGUUCUAAAAUUAGGUUCUACUUAAACAAUGUUAUCAUCAUUCACACUUAUUUUGUGAAUUUCGUGUUGUAUGCGUUAUUAUUACUACAACCAGAAAAUCACAGAUAUUGAAGAUACAAAUAUUCUUAACACUUGAUAGUCUAAUGGCUUGCUUAAUAUAAUACGUACAUAUUAGGUAGCUAAACUAACUCCCAAAAUGCUUCAGCUUUUGGCUUGGCUAAAAAAACUUUCUCUGAAACAUGCAGAUGUUGACUCAAAAAGGGUUAAAAUGUGACAAAUAUAUAAAACAAAGAUAAUAAUUGAUUUUGAUGAUCUGAACAAAAAGUUAUCAAUUCAAAUUUACUCAAAAAGUCAAUAAGGAACACGACGACAAUAUAUUCAAGCUAAAUUCACCUCAAAUACAUACAAUAAUGUGCGAAACAGAAAAAUGAAUAGACUUUUGACAGUGCUGACAAUUAAAAUUUCUCUCUUCUUCCUUAAAUUUCCAAUGACAAUACAAUACAGCCCUCAUUGUUUUAGCAUUGAUUCGUUGACAAUAAUGUUUCGAUUCAAAAAGAAAAUUUGUACUAUUCUUCAAAAAUAAGAAAGCUCCAAGAUUAUAUAUCAGAUGAAAAAUUUAAUCAAAACCAUAUAAUGCAUUCAACACUGUAAUAUUUCGUUCACACACAAAAACACUGCACUCGUCACCAAUCCUGAAAAUCAACGGAUAUGCAAAUUUCAGCACAAAUAUAAAAAUUAAAAAUCUGCACAUAUUCCGCACUGCACAUCCCUUCCACUUUACAGCAUGCACUGCACUGCACUUGUAGUAAUUGAUCUAUCUAAAAAACAGUCUUGAUCGUAGUAAAUCCAAACAAAAAAAGUAUUAAAGGUAUCCAAAACAACUAAAAAUUGAUUCCAUGAAAAAUUGGGAAUGAUUCAAUUCGUCUCCCGUAAACAAUUUUACCUCAUCUGACUCGCAUGCAUGUUAAAUAACUAGUAAAAAACACUUAAUAAGUAGUAAAAACUUUAGACUAUUGCAAUCUUCUUGUCACAAAUCAUCUCAACUUAUCUACAAAAAACAAUAAUCGUAUCACGUUAAACUCUUAGAUUUUAGUCUCUUAGAAAAAGAAUGUGAGUAAAAGUAAACAAGAAUUGUCUCAUCUUAACCUUAUUCAUAAUCACUACUCUCACCUCUCUCUUGUCAAUUGCAAUUACAACUGAAUGUGGUGUCAGGAUGUUGAUGGAUGAAGUAAUAAAAAUUAGUUGUACUUACCAUUA